AUGCUUACACUACCAAAACUCCUUCGAAGACCUUUGCCUCCAAAGACCCACAACAAACCACUUCACUUAAAGAAAGGAAAAAUUGAGUCAGCUAUCACCAGUGAAGUAUCCAAGCAACAAGAUUUUUUUAAACCCUAUCCCAGGAAACUUAUUCCAACUGAAAUAGAGAAGAAUAUUAUUCCUGGAAAAUUUCCAAAGAGGAGAAGGCAAUCCCGAGUCCACAUCAAAAACCUCCUUCUUAAAUGGCAUGUAAAAAGAUACAGGGAUGCUUCAUCAAAGAUGUUUUUACAGAAAUAUCCAAAGUUUUAUGUGUUAUUUCCAAAAAUGAAAGAUAAUUAUGCUAGUCCUUUCUAUUUGUCAGCUUACAAUUCUAUAAAAGAAGAAAUUAUUUCAGGAAAGUCAAGUCUGCAAUGUAAAUUGAGAAACUACUUUUUGGAUGGUGCUUUAGAAAAAGAUUCAACCACAUCUUCUGAGACCUCAACACCUACAAGUUCCCAAUUAGGACAGUCAUCCAGCUCCAUAAAACCUGACCUUGAGCAUGUAACUACACCAGACUCAACAUAUAUGCCUCUUAUAUGCUCCUCUAGAUCUGUGGAUGAAAGUCAAACUGUGUCUAAGAAAGUGAAAACAGAUUGGUAUGACAGACUGAAAAUCACUUAUGACACGAUGUCAAAACAAAAUUUUUCAUUUGAUGAACUAUCAGCAGCUUUACCAAGAAAGCCUUAUAGACAAUGUGUGUUAGAAACUUCUAAAACCGAAGAGGGAAAAGUAGUCUGCAAAGAAUCCUCACCAACAGAAAAAAUAAUUGAUUUUCCAGACUUCUCUGUAGAAGUGACAGCAUCUGAGGAGGAACUCAUUGUGCUCGGUGAAGGUUAUUGUAGAGAUUCACUGCAAUCUUCAGAUGAUCCAAAAAUAAACCUUGCCAGAAUAGCUGUCCUGAGAUGUCAUCAACAUGGAAGAAAUGCACUUAGUUUUAAGGGUUUCUUUAUUGAAAAUUGCCCAAAUUUAAGCAUUUUGACUCAUCAACUGGUAUAUCUUAACUUAGCCUUCAAUAGUUUAACUAUCUUUCCUCCAGAGGUGUUAGUUUUAGUUAACUUACAAGUCCUGAUCAUGAGAAACAAUCCCAUCAAAGAGAUCUCUUCUGAUAUUGAUGCAUUAAAGAGCCUUACAAUAUUCGUCAUUUCCUAUAAUUUGUUAACUUCUCUUCCAGUUGGGUUAUUUUCAUUGUCUAAACUUGAGUCCCUAGAUGUCUCCCACAAUGAAAUUACAUCUAUUCCAAAUGAAAUCAAGAAUCUCAGCGCCCUUAACAAUUUGAAUCUUGAUGGGAAUGAACUGACAUCUUUGCCACCUGGAAUUUUGAAACUUUCCCCGGAUAACUUUACUGUAGAAAAUAACUUCCUGCACCCUUUGUUUUGGAAAGAGAAUUCUAUAAAUGAUGCUCAAAGCCUCAAAGAUCUAGCUCUUGUGUGCUUUUCCAAGAACCAACUAUGGAAAUUUUAUGAGGUGCUCCCAGAAGAAAUUAAGCAACAACUAGUCACCUCUAAGUUAUGUGACUACUGCCAGGGCUCCUUGUACGGCAAAGGACUUCAUCUCAUUCGACCAUUUGAUGUUUUUAAUACCCCACUUCUUCCCAUCUUGUUCAAUGUCUGCUCUCCAAGAUGCUUUAAGUACACAAAGCUUGAUCCAAAUAUCAUGACUCGUUUGACCAGAUGA